AUGUCGUUUUUCGCUCGCCUCCAUCGCCACUCCCACCGACACGAAGAACAUCACGCUCCGUCUGACCCAGUAGGCCAUCCUGGCGGAAGUGCUACAGAGCAGCACGGGUCAGGGGAGCUGCGGAGGGGACCAGCCUCUGCACUAAGUAGCCAAGCUGACAAGCUGUUAAAGGCGCACAGUAAUUCUGGUGUCUCCUCUGAGGGAGGCCCAGCGGUACAGGAGGGCACCGACGCAUCGGGGCUUCCAGCGACGACCGUGACGCACUCAGGAGGCGGUGACUGCGGUCUCCCAAAGGGGCUCGGCCCCCUCUCGUUGCCUCAUAUGCAUCCUCCGGCAAGGAGCUCUUCCCACGACCGAGAGAGUGCGGCAGAGAAGGCACACGCGGAGAGCGAAGCUUCGCGGACAGGUCGGGAGGCGGGAGGAUCGCACACGAUGUCGACGCGGUCCAGUGAGAUGGAGGCCGAGCUGCAGGGCGGCAGCAAGCCGACGCCACAAACACCCGCGGCUCACAUUGGAACAGGCGACGAAACAUGGCGCUGCGUGCCGCCGAAAAUCGAUGGUGGAGGGACGAAACUCGAGAACACAAGUGCGUCCUCUGAUGCGGCCGUGACUGGUCGGCCUGCAAGGCGCAGUCACAGUGAGGAGGGAAGCAAGUCACCCUGUCGUGCAGCUGGUCAUGGGUGGAGGAAGGGCAAAGAACAGCAUGGCCACAGCUCAGCAGCGGGGGAGUUGGGGGGGACAAGCUGCGGGGUUGUGAGCGACGAGACAGGCAUGCACGGUGACGAACAGGACAAAAAGGGCGCAGGAGACAAAGCGGAUGCGAGUGCUGGGGCCAGCCAUCACUCUCGGUGGCGCUUUGGAGAAGCUCACAAGGACCACCGAAUCAGCCUCGUGCUGCACUCCGCAGUGCACGCUAUGAAGUCGCUGCCCUCAACGCUUCAGCGUGAGUGGAGCAUGGUUCGGAAAAUCUACCGGCAAACCGGUCGAGUGGGGCACGCCCACAGAUUGGCAAGGGCCCGCGAGGGCAAGCUGCACAAGCUCGUGUUGAAACAUUCUCCAAAUAGCAGCAAGCAGCUGCGCUGCGUCAUGCAGAUGAAGCAGAUCAUCCCUACACCUGAGUGUGCCAACGCGCUCAUCAAACACGUUCGACGCAACCUGGAGAAUAGCAUGCGGGAGUUCCAGCAUGCAUCGCCUGCGCUCAGUCUCCGGCGAGAGCAGCUUUUCGUUCCCGGACGCGAGUUCACUGUACGUUGUUUGCAGCGGCACCCGCCCUUUACCACGAUGUCGCUCAUUGGUGGGCGCCUCCUUGGGGGUGGGUCGGAAGCAAUGGUGUUCGCGGCUGAAGAGGUUGCAGCGCGUGAGCACCACGACGCAUUCAUCGGUGCGCAGAAGGCGUCAGUUGCGGUGCCGCCGGCCGAGGCGCGGCCCCGCAUGGUAGCGCUGAAGAUAUUUCUUUGCGAGGCGAGCUUGAUUGACGAACCUGCCAAAGCGGAAGACGAGGCGGAGGCUGUCGAGUGGCUGCAGAUGGCGUUCUGGCGCCUCGCCCCCUCGUGUGUCGACGUCGCAGUUUCACGUCGCCUCGGCAUCGCUACUCCCUCGUGGAUAGCAUCCGUGGAAGGCAUGCCUCUUGUUAGUGAAGGAGACUCUCAUUUCGCUAUUCUCAACCGAGUAACGGCGAUGCCGCUGAUGCUGGGCGACUUGCUCGCGGUUCCCCCCGCAGCACUGAACGUGUCUCAACGCAUGUAUUUGAUUUUGCGCCUGAUUCAAGUUGUCGCAAAUUUACACGGCCUCGGGGUCCUGCACAACGAUCUCAAGAUUGAAAACUUACUUAUUGGGCUUGACGGUCAGUUGUAUGUCGGGGAUCUGGGCACUAUCUUACCCAAUUCCGGGCAACCGACAAGAUUCCAGAGAAUUGGGACAGACGUUUAUCUAGACCCGCAAAGCGCGGAGGGUUUUUUAAGGGAAAAUGAUGACUUCACGUUAGUGUACUCCCCUCUACGCGAUGCCUGGGCGACGGGGAUGAUCUGCUACUACAUUUGGUGCGGCGGCGCACUGCCGUACAACCUCUCUCAGGUCUACGACGGCACAGUGAGUGGUAUGGAGAUGUUCAAGUUCAUCGCCAAUCUACCGAGGUCAGGGCUGCCUCUAUUUUUCGUGUGCAGCCCCGAAGAGACCAAUCCGGAAAUCUCUGAAAUCCGGCACAUCAUCGAGUCUUUGCUCGCACUCGAAAGAUCCUCCCGGAAAACCCCACAAGACAUUGUUCACGGGUCGUUUUUAUUCUCCAGGUACCGGGUUUGA